CGGUCCUGCGCUCUCGCUCUCAUUCCUUCUCUCCCCUCCGUCUGUGUCUCCCACGCCUCCACUCCUCUCCAGCACAUCUCUCUGCCUCUCCUCUCCUCAUCCGCCCUGCACCAGCGCCCGCUCCAGAUCCACCAUGACGAGCACCGUCUCCGCGUAUUCAGACAAGAUCAGAGAGAUGUCUCUGGUGUCUCUCAUCUGUUCCUGCUUCCACACACACCCUCACCCAAAUACCCUCGCCCACUAUGAAGAUAUGGAGGUGAAGGCGCUGAAUAAGCGGGCCUCGGGCCAGGCCUUCGAGGUCAUUCUGAAAAGUCCGACCGACUUGUCUCCGGACCGGCCUCAGAGUCUGGCUCUGCCCCAGAAAAAGGACGUCUCUCUGACCGAGCUGAAGCAAAGACAGGAGGCUGCUGAGGAGAGGAGGAAGUCUCAGGAGGCCAAGGUGCUCAAGCAACUAGAAGGGAAGAGGGAGCAUGAGAAGAAAGUGCUCCACAAGGCCCAGGAAGGAAACAACCACUUCAGCAAGAAGACAGAGGAGAAGCUGAACCACAAGAUGGAGAUCAUCAAAGAGAACCGCAACGCGCAACUCAAUGCCCUCAAACAGCGUCUCCGUGAGAAGGAGAUCCAUGCCGCAGAAGUCCGCAGGAACAAGGAGAUGCAGGCCGAUCUCUCUGGCUGAGCAUACCCAGUGCAGCCCUCUACCGUUCUGUCUCAUCUGUCAAAUUGAGUUUUCAUUGGGGGAAAUGCUGCUUCCAAAGCCACUUUGUCUUAAAAAAACAAAACAAAAAUCAAACAGGUUUUCUGUGAUUCAAAUUUGCGGUUGUCAUUCUGCACAUCACAUCAAAAAUUGCAUCAUGUCCUUCACAUAAAGUCUGUAAUCACACUCAAACUACGCCUUCUGCAACAGUAAUACGAAAGUAAAAGGGUGAGGAUACAACUGUGUAACAGUGUCCCCACUCUGGUUCAAUCCAUUUCACCGCCUUCCUGAGGUAAUUACACCAUGUUAUUAAUCCCUAUGUUGACUGUAACUUGUGAUGAACCACAGCUGUAUAACAUGGAUAUCACAGAAUGUUGAAAUGAGACACCUGAAACACAUGAAGCACAGUGAUUCACGAUAGCCAAUUGUCAGUAGCAUAAGAUAAUGAUAGGUUAAUUUGCUGUGGAUUGUGUUAGCAUUGUUUUUUUUCCUCUCUUUAUUUUACAAUCACCUGAAUACUGUCAGUAUAUGACAAGUCUUGAACUUGUCAGCAAUCUCACUGACAUUUCAUCUGAUAAACUGUACUUAAAAAAGAAGGUAAAAAAGUCUGAAAAUGUCAUCAUUUUGCACCUCCAAGAGAAGUGCACAUAAACAGUCUUAUUCAGCCUGUACAUCUUGUUCGGUGCUUUUCAUGUACAUGUGUUACCUAGGGCUGGUUUACCUCCAAAAUAUCUGUUUUGUCACAGUAACAUAAUCCAGUUGUGCCAACACACAAUGACAUCAAUCUGUAUACUGUUACUGGACAAGCAAUCCGAAUGUAACACAUGAGACGCAGGUGUUUGAACACAUAUUUUGCAAAUUCUCACUUUGAACACAGUGUCCAUGUUGAACUGUCCACAGAUUGCUGAUCUCAAAUGAGGUUUGAUGAAUGAUAAUAAAUAUGGUUGAAAUGUA